AUAGAGGGAGGGGAGGAGGGGACUCCGGCAGAGCAGCCAGAGCCGCCGGGACGAGCACUCCAGCGCUUGCCCCGCUCCCCACCAGUCGCCCCCAGUAUGGACCUCCGAGCCCUGGCUCUGCUCGCCUUCGCCUUGGCCAUCGUCUCCCUCUCGGAGGAGAAACCUGUCAGCCUGACCUACCGAUGCCCCUGUCGAUUCUACGAGAGCAACGUGGCAAGAGCCAACAUUAAGCACCUCAAAAUCCUCUCCACCCCCAACUGCUCGCUUCAGAUUGUUGCAAGGCUCAAGAGCAACAGCAAGCAAGUGUGCAUCGAUCCCAAGUUAAAGUGGAUCCAGGAAUAUCUGGAGAAAGCUUUAAACAAACCACGUCAUCGCACUCAUAAAAAAAAGCAACAGAAGAAACGGGGCCCACUCUGCCCUUCCCGUGCAACACCACUAAAGUCUCCAGGGAGAAAGAAUGGAGGUUCAAGAUGUAAGAGGCAAGCAUUGUAAGCCGUCUACAGGAGUUCUUACUGUAGGACCCAGAGAGCAGAUAACCAGUAGUAGGGAAGGAAUACAUUUCACUGUUACCAUGCAGCACAAAAGCAACGCUUCAUGCAUUUCCAAAGGUGUUUUUUUUGGUGGGCUUGCUUUUUUUUUUUUUGCACAGAUAGAUUGGCUUGCUUUCACAGUGCUAUUUUUAUAUAGUAAGAUGUAACUAUUUGAGAAAAAUAUGUUUUUAUACAGGUUGGUUUAUUACCUAGCACUGAGGGCGGAUAUGAAUUUAAACUAACCUUAUGUUAUUAUAUAAUAUUUUAUUUCCUUUGCUAUGUAGAGGUCUGGCUUUAUUUAACUUUCUUUUGGUUCAUGCAAGUCUCCUGGAGUUUUAAACCUAGAAGGACAUGGACUGUACAGUGCAAUGAUGUUGUGUAGGUAGUGGAGGACCUCCUUGCCUCCAGAAGUCAUUGAGGCCAAGAACAUAGGAAGGCUAAAAGGCAUCAGACAUGACAAAAGUGAAGAGUGUUGCCACGGGUGUCAUUUAUAGGUGUUUGGGGUGAGGGAUUAAACUCAGGGCCACGGGGCUAAAGCCCUUCUCUGAAGAUCAGAGACCUUGCUGACAGCUCUGAGCAGCUGUGUCAAUGCACAGCUGGUAUUGCAAGGUGCUGGUCCUUGGUUUGGAGUCGUUGUGUGUGUUUAGGAGCCACAACACUGAUCUGAUGUCACCUGGCAUUUCCUAUGUUCCUGCGUUUCUGAUGACGGAUUUUUAGCACAAAAAGCAAUGGGUUGUUAAAGGUCUAACCAGGUGAUGGUGUUGCAAGUUGCUGGAGGAGUCAGAUACGCUGCCACGCACCGGGUGUCUCUUCCCACCCUUCCACAGGAGGUGGCUUCAGCUCCCCUGGCUCUCUUUGCACUGAAGUAGGUGGAGAUGCAUUCACGGGACCCUUCACCAACGAUGCCGUAGCCUCAUCUACUGAACAGUUACACCUACCUGAGGGCAGUAACAACUUUGAUGGCUCUGGAGCUACCUAGAAGAGGAUGUCUGGCCAUAUCUUUGGAGAAAAGAAAUGCCUGGGGCAAGAAAAGGUCUGCCCAGUUUGUGGAAGGAGUGGUGUUUCUGGGGUGUGGAAGUGAAGGCCAACACUCAUUGUUCACCAGCGGCCACGUCCCUGUUUGCUGGUGAACAGGAAAGCCUCUGGAAUUUCCUUCCACCUGGAGAGGGGUGCCACUUCUUGCACCAAUCCCCUCUCUCAGCCAGAAAUUUUUUUCUCCCGAUUCCCACCAGUAGAUGCAGUAUCUUCGCUAUGAAGUGUAUGGAAAGACACUGAGAUAAUCACAUUAAGCUGGGGUGCAGGGGGGAAGCACGUUUGUGCAGCACAACGCUUGUGUUUGUAUGUAUCUGUGUGUCUAUUGUUAACAAAAAUAUGUCGUAAGAUUGUAUUUUGGUUUUUUGAGCGGGUUGCUUCAAAAAGCAUCUGCCCUCUUCCCUGCAGCCUGUGUCGGGGACAUCCAGAGGGGUGUUUCACUGAGCACUCCUUUUUGUGGCCGGCAUCCUUUAGUGCCAAAGAGGCGCUUUGACUAGCCAGGGAUUACCAUAUUUCUGUGUGGAUUCAGGUAAAAAACCUUAUAAGUAUUUUCCUCUCUGCAAAACAAUGUUAUUACAGAGAGUGCUUCAGCUGGGACCACAUCACCUCAUCUGCUUUAAAGUGGAAACCAACUGCUGUGCCUAAAAUGUAUGUGUGUCUGUGAUUUUGACAUUCCUUCUGUUGUUGUUGUUACCAACCUGGUGCUUUAAAUAUAUUGUGUCUCCAUUUUUGAAA